AUGGACGACAUGGACAUGGACGAUGCGCCGUCGAACGCGUAUCUCGACGAUCAGAGUGUUCCCCCCACGGCCACAGGUUCUCCAAUUGGGCUUUCUGGGAGCGACAAUGAUGAUGUUGACGAGGUCUCGGAUGCCGACUCGGACUACCUCGAGCUGCAGGCCGACAUUGCUCGCCUCGACGCGAGUCGCAAUGCAUUUCUGUCGGAACACCUCGGCCCCGAUGCCGUAGCUCCAGCCGCCACAGGAGCCAGUGGAACGGCCGCGCGCCGCCGCCGUGGGCCACGCAAAGCAGCCGAGCCUUCGGCCGAAGUCAAGUUCCGGCUGCAGCAGGCGCACCAGCUGUUCAUGGACAACCGCUACGAGGACGCGCUCGAGGCGCUGCACGAGAUUAUCCGAGUCAACGCCGAGACGCAUGCGGCAUGGAACUUGUUGGCGUCGAUCAAUGAGGACUUGGGUCGACGCGAGGAAUCCCUGAUGGCCAGAGUGUUUGCGGCGCAUCUGGAGCCCAAGAACGUGGCUGGUUGGUUGAGCACGGCGGACUUUGCGUUGGCCGAGGCUGCGGCUGUCGACGCCGAAGAACCUGCGGAAGGGGAGGACGACGACGGCGACGGCGGCGGCGCCCGCGAAGAAGAGCGUCAAAACCGGCGGCUCCAAAACUUGCAGAUUGCCCGGCUGUGCUAUUCAGGCGCCAUCCGGGCUGACAAGGACAACAUCCCAGCGCGGCUGGGCAAGGCAAAUGUGUGCCUCGAGUUUGGACAGGCGACGAACGCAGCGACCGAGUAUGUGCGUGUACUGAAGCGGCGGCCGCUGGCGCUGCAGGUGAUCCGCAACCUGGCCGAGGCAUCGUACGACUCGGUACGCGGGUCCGAGACGAUCCAGGCGGCCAUCAAGGCGUACCGCAAAGCGGUGGCGUACCUGCGGGGCAAGUCGAGCGUGGCGACACACGGCUACUUUGCACCCUACCUGACGCUCGACGACGGCGAAGAGUUUUCGUGGAUGGACAUUACCAUUUAUGUCGAGCUGUACGCCGCCAUGGAGCAGUACAAGGAGGCCAUCGCCGUGCUGAAAAACCUAGCGCGGUGGAUGCUUGGCCGAGGUGGGCCGGACGAGGCCUACUGGAAGGACGUGGACAAGGACGAGAGCACCAACUACGAGGACGGCGAGUGGGACCGGCACGACGAGCCACGGCGGCGCAAGGUGCCUGGGUUUCAGCCAGGACGGUACCCGCUCUCGGCGUACGGCGAAGGCCUUCCCGUGGACCUGCGGGCCAAGUUGGCCAUCUAUCGCCUCAAGAUCGGCCAUGAAGAGGAAGCCAUCGAGCAUCUCGCGUGGAUCGACCCCCAGGACGCCAACACGACCGAGUCUAUGCGCCUGUACCCGCAUCUGCUCAAGGAGGUGGGCGCUGAGCUGUUUGGGGCCAAGCGGUUCGAGUUGGCCCUGCAGUACCUCGAGCUGUACCGUGACCUGACCCGGGCUGCGGCAGCCGGGGGGCUCAGCGGCGCGUACGAGCAGAUGACGGACGAAAUUGGCGAGGGAGGCGAUGCAAACAGCAGUGCAGCUGCGGACGACGACGCUGAUGCGCUCGUGCUGCAGGGCAAGUGCAAUUUGGAGCUGCACGACCAUGCAGCAGCCGAAGAGUGCUUCCUGGCGGCCAUUGAGGCGGACGACGAGAAUAUUGAUGCGCGCUACGAACUGGCCAAGAUGUACGAGAAAGCACAAGAGAAGGAGCAGGCAUAUAUUUUGGUCAACGAGGCGCUGUCGCUCGAAGCCGCUCAGCAGAAACGACAGCAGCUACAGAGCCGAGAGGAGGAGGGCGAUGAACAAGAGGACGGCGCGGCAGCGGAACGAGCAGCAGGCGACGGUGCCACCGACGGCGCCGCGCCUGGAAAGCGUCGUGGUCCCAUGGCCAGCUUGGAGACGGCAGCAUACCGCGUGUUCCUCGACAGCGAGGGCAAAGUCGUGCGGCGUCACCGCAAGUUCCGCAAGGGGCCCGACGGGCAAGACAUCCUGGCCUCGACCGAGCGCAAGCGGCGAACGAAGACGGCCCAGGGGCAGGAAGGAGAAGACGGCGACCAAGAAGGAGGCGUUGUUGGCCCAGACGGCAAAAUACGGGUGCCUCAUCGGCAGCCCAAGACGGGCACGGCGCGGGUACGCGCACCCCAACGGCGCUCGCAAAAGUCGCAGCAGCAGCAGAGGCGCUGGCGGGCCGUUCGCGGCCACGCACGGCGGUUCUUUGCCAGCCCUGCCGAGCAGGCCGAGUUCGAGGCGUCUACAUCCGCGCGUCUGCGUGGCCGCUACCAGGUGUGCCAGGCGCUCAAAGAACGGGCCGAUGCCGGCGAUGUAGAUGCGGCGGCCGAGUGGAUGGAGGCGGCCAAGGAGCUCAUCGACGACUUCCGGUCGUUCCGCGAAUUCUACACGUGGGACAAGUACGUGCAGUUUCUGGGCGUCAACAAUUUUCUGCACGACCAGACAGGCGCAGCAGCCACAGCGCCGGCGACGGCGGCAGUCGAGGGUGCCGGCAUCAGCACCAGCACCGGUCCCGGUACCGGCCAGCAUAGCAGCCACCUCACGGCCCUGGCCGAACGACUACACCAGAACCUCACGCCUGCCGACGCAGAAGCUCAAGCCCUUGCCAAUUCAAUGAUCGAUCCGGCGCUGCUGGGGCCGGCAACGGCCGCUGCUCCUGCUCCGCUUGCGUCUGCGCGCCGCGACUACCGCGGCAUUCCCUUUGACGACUGGCUGGCCCUGUUCUUGGAGUAUGCGCUAGGUCUUGCCCACGCGGGCCGCACAACCGAAGCCUACGCCGUGUGCCAGUCCGCGCACGACUCGACCGUGUAUCGGCAGGAGGACAGCAUGUUCCUGAUCCACCUGGCAUGGGCGUCGUGUGCCGUGCGCGCGGGCGACGAGCAGACGUGUGUGGCGGUGGCGCGCUACUUUAUGCGCGAGCAGCCCUACACGACCGACUGCUACCGCCUCUUCACGACCAUGUGUCGGCUGUGCCGCUCGCCGUCCAUGUGGUUCAGCUCGAGCCCGGCGCAAAAGUACAUUUUGCGGCAGAUCCGGUCGCGCGACGAGGCCAUCAAGCAGGAGGCGCGGGCGGCCGGCAAAGACGAGACUGCUGUCGUGGACCGCCUCGACACGUGCCUGCUGGUCGUCUACGGACACAUUCUGUUUGCCUCCAUGAGCUACCACUUUGCGCUCAACUACUACCAGCGCGCGCUGGCCGUCGACCCGGGCAACCCGGUCAUCAGCCUGUGCAUCGGCCUCUCGUACGUGCACUGGGCGCUCAAGCGGCAGGCCGACAACCGGCAGUACCUGCUGACGCAGGGCUUCCACUUCUUGUAUCGAUACGCCGACGGACGGCUGGCGGCGGCGACAAAAACAGAUGCCAGCGACGACGCACAUGCCCGGCGCGAGGCCUACUACAACCUUGGCCGGGCGUACCACCUGCUUGGCCUGCACGCACUGGCGGCCGAGUUCUACGGCAAAGUGCUCCGCGAGACGGAUCCCAACAAGGAGGUCGAAGCUGCCAAUCGCCAACGAGGCAGACAUCCCGACCUGCGGACGGAAGCGGCCUACAACCUGCGGACGUACUACCUGCUGGCGGGCAACUAUGAGGCGGCCAUGCAGGUGGCACGAGCCUACCUGGUGCUGUGA